AUGAGAGAAGACAAUACAGCCAGACUCACCCUCAGCGACGCGGAGCUCAGCAACACGAUCUACCAACCGCUCCACCCGGACGUCCGACCCCAUCUCGACCCGGAAUAUGUCGCCUUUCACGACCGGUACCUGCAAUACGUCGAGCCUGACGACGUGCGACCGUGGGAUUCGGUCGGCACUCGCCAGCGCGUGCCCUUCCCACCGGGCACGUCAGCUCCCGUGCCAGUGAGAGCAGUCAAGGACAUCGAGCUGGCGAACUGUACGGUGCGUGCGUUCUGGCCGUCAGAGUCAGACGAGGGACGAAGACGAAGACCGGUCGCCGGAUGGCCGGUGCUGGUGUGGUAUCACGGCGGCGGCUGGGCUAUUGGAGGCAUCCAGAGUGAGAAUGAUUUUUGCACGAGGAUGUGUAGCGAUGCGAAUUGUGUCGUCGUCACCGUCGGAUACCGUCUCGCCCCGGAACAUCCGUAUCCCGCCGCAGUGGAUGAUGCGCUGGAGGCACUGGUGUGGGUGAACAGCGAGCAGGGCCGGCGGGAACUGGAUAUCGACAAUACUCGCAUCGCGAUAGGAGGCACGUCGGCCGGCGGCAACCUCUCCCUAGCGACGAGUCUCAAAGCAUCUCUUCUCCAACCGCCCAUCCGGCCCAUCUUCCAGCUCCUCGUCGUCCCCGUCAUCGACAACACCGCCACCACCGCCACCAUCUGGGCCUCGCGCCCGCAUGCGCCGUGGCUGACCCCGGCCCGCAUGACCUGGUACCGCUCCAUGUACCUGACCAACUCCUCGGACGCGACGAACUGGGACGCGUCGCCGAACCUCGCGCCGCCCGAACUGCUGCGCAACUUGCCGCCGACGUGGAUGGGAGUCGCGGAGCAGGACGUGUUGGCGCCCGAGGCGUUGCGGUUUGCAGACCAGGUGAGGGCGGUGCGUGGCAGUGGCAGUAACAGUGGUAGUGGCCUCGAUGUUGAGGUUGAGCUUUACCCCGGCAUGACGCAUACUAUCUUGGCCAUGAAUGGCAUCCUAUCCAAAGGAAAGAAAUUGGUCAACGAUGCGGGACAAGUGUUGCAAAAGGCAUUCACGCGCGAUACGGCAAUGACAUCCGAACCGUCCUCCGCGACUCAAACACCUAGCUAA